AUGCUUCGGAGUCGCCAGGCCUCCAAGGCCUUCAAGGUCUUGGGCCAAGCUCGCACCUUCACCUCCACAACGGCGCCCAUCACCUCCCGCGCUCAAAAAAAGCUGCCGUCGGCAUCGCAAAGAAAUAAAGCAACGGCCGCCACCGCCUCCUCAACCGCUAGCCCCGUUCGCGCCGUUCCCAGUCCCGCUUUCAACGCCGAAACCCAAGGCCAUGUCCAACCCCUCGUCAACCCCCGCAAAAGCGAAAUGGACGAGUCCUUCAUUGGCAAGUCCGGCGGCGAAAUCUUUCACGAAAUGAUGCUUCGUCAGGGUGUCAAGCACAUCUUUGGCUAUCCUGGCGGUGCCAUUCUCCCCGUCUUUGACGCCAUCUACAACUCCAAGCACUUCGACUUUAUCCUGCCGCGCCACGAGCAGGGCGCCGGCCACAUGGCCGAGGGCUAUGCUCGCGCUUCUGGCAAACCUGGCGUCGUUCUCGUCACAUCGGGUCCCGGCGCUACCAAUGUCAUCACUCCGAUGCAGGACGCCUUGUCUGACGGCACUCCCAUGGUCGUCUUCUGCGGUCAGGUCCCCACCACUGCCAUCGGGAGCGAUGCCUUCCAAGAGGCCGAUGUCGUCGGCAUCUCACGCGCCUGCACCAAGUGGAACGUCAUGGUUAAGAGUGUCGCCGAGCUGCCCCGUCGCAUCAACGAGGCCUUCGAGAUUGCCACUAGCGGCCGUCCUGGCCCCGUCCUUGUCGACCUGCCCAAGGACGUCACUGCCGGCAUCCUGAGACGCGCCAUUCCCACCGACACGGCCCUUCCCUCUCUUCCCUCUGCCGCUUCCCUGGCCGCCCUCGAGGUCGGCGACCGUCUCCUCCAGGCCUCCAUCCAGCGCGUUGCUGACCUGGUCAACAAAGCCCAGAAGCCCGUCAUCUACGCCGGCCAGGGUAUCAUCCAGUCCCCCGGCGGCCCCGAGAUCCUCAAGCAGCUCGCUGACAAGGCCUCCAUCCCCGUCACCACCACUCUCCAGGGCCUCGGCGCUUUUGACGAGCUCGACGAGAAGUCCCUGCACAUGCUCGGCAUGCACGGCUCCGCCUAUGCCAACAUGGCUAUGCAGGAGGCCGAUCUCAUCAUCGCCCUCGGCGCGCGCUUCGACGACCGUGUUACUGGCAAUAUUAGCAAGUUCGCCCCCGGCGCCAAGGCUGCCGCUGCUGAGAAGCGUGGUGGUAUCGUCCACUUCGAGAUCAUGCCCAAGAACAUCAACAAAGUCGUCCAGGCCACCGAGGCCAUCGAGGGCGACGUUGCCUCCAACCUGCGGUACAUGCUGGACUCGGUCGAGCCUAGGUCUAUGGAGGACCGCAAGGCCUGGUUCAGCAAGAUUGGCGAGUGGAAGGCCAAGUGGCCCUUGUCCGACUACGAGCGUACCGAGCGCGGCGGCCUGAUCAAGCCGCAAACAGUCAUUGAGGAGCUCAGCAACCUGACCGCAGACCGCAAGAGCGAGACGUACAUCUCGACUGGUGUUGGGCAGCACCAGAUGUGGACUGCCCAGCACUUCCGCUGGCGCCACCCACGCUCCAUGAUCACGUCGGGCGGCUUGGGCACCAUGGGCUACGGCCUGCCCGCAGCUAUUGGCGCCAAGGUUGCGCAGCCGGACGCUCUCGUUGUUGACAUUGACGGCGACGCCUCGUUCAACAUGACUUUGACGGAGCUCUCGACGGCUGCUCAGUUUAACAUUGGCGUUAAGGUGAUUGUGCUGAAUAACGAGGAGCAGGGCAUGGUGACGCAGUGGCAGAACCUCUUUUACGAGGACCGCUACGCGCACACGCACCAGUCUAACCCGGAUUUCAUUAAGCUUGCCGAGGCCAUGCGCGUGCAGUGCCGACGCGUUUCGGACCCGGCUGACGUGGUUGACAGCCUUCGCUGGCUGAUUGAGUCGGACGGACCGGCGCUCCUGGAGGUGAUGACGGACAAGAAGGUGCCCGUUCUGCCAAUGGUUCCCGCGGGGUCUGCCCUGCACGAGUUUCUCGUUUUUGACGGAGACAAGGACAAGGCCCGCCGCGAGCUGAUGAAGCAACGGACGUGCGGUCUGCACCAGUAA